AUAUUGUAAUAAUACGCAUUAUAGAUGUCGCUGAAAUUCUAUAACUUGUCAACUUCAACGUGUUGUUUUAUCAUAAACAUGCGCAGAAUGACGUUUAAAACGUCAAAAUUAAAUUAGUUGGUGCCAAAAACUCGUCCGAGAGCGUUUCGGUCUGUGGCGAAGAGAUAUGAUCUAAAACAAAACCGAGUUUUUAAAGAAAGAUUGUUAUUUUUAAUCAGAAUAAGUUAUGGCCAGUGGUUCUUGUGUGUUUAAAGUGUCGCGUCAAACGCUUUUUAAAUGCUCAUCGAGAUUAUUAUAUGAAAACACGUGUUUACCUUCAAGAACUAGUAAUAACUUGUUUAAAACUUUUGGCACGGUGAACAAAAAUUUCGAUAAUUCAGUGUUUGGUACGCGGAUGUUUGGCGUAGAUGUAAUUCGGGGGGGAAGUGCCGCGAGGGCCGAAACAACGAGCACCAUCGUUGGUUUAUCGAAAUUACAAGCUCAAGAGUUGGUUUUGAGAUUAACGGACGAUGAAAGGGCUGUUUUGGUCGCGGCAUUGGAAGAAUACGAUUCGAAGAGACUCAAAGAGGAAUUUCAAGGGCAAUUAGGAGCUUCAAUAUGGAGGAGCAAAUACGGAAGACCGAGCAGGAUGCCUAAAUUGGGUGACGUAGAUCCAACCGGAUCUUAUUGUAAGCUGCCGGAGGAUUGGAUGAAGCGAAAAGUUGCUGAAAGAAUACCAAGACCGACCACGAAAAAUUUAGUUGAUAUGGCCGUAGCAAACUCAAUACCAUUUAUAGGAUUUGGAUUUUUAGACAACUUCUUUAUGCUAAUAUUUGGAGAUUAUAUUGAUAUUUAUUUGGGUUCGUAUUUCUUUUUAUCGACGAUGGCAGCUGCAGCUUUGGGAAAUACUUUUUCCGAUGUGUUAGGAAUAGGGACGGCUUUUUACGUGGAAAGGAUGGCGAAUAAGGUCGGAUUUUGUCCGCCGAAAUUAACUCCCGCUCAACUCGAUAUGCCAAUAUCGAGAAAUUUUGCAAAUUUGGGUCGUGUUAUUGGAGUUACAAUCGGUUGUCUUUUGGGAAUGGUACCGUUGCUUUUUUUCGAUCAUAAGGACGACGACGAAACUAAAGAUAAUAAAUCUAAGAAUAAAAAAUAAGAUUAAUAAAAUAAAUUAUGGUAAAAAAACUGUUUAGAGCUUAGUAAUGUUUUAAUCCUUUCUAUAAAAAAAUCGAAAUUUGUUAGGGACCAAAUUUUUUUUUCUUAUUUUUCCGGUAAAAUCAUGUUUCUUUGUCAUUUUAAAAUAAACCGUCCGAUUACAAGAAAAUUAAAUCAUUUUAAACAUUACUUAUCCAUAUCAAACUCAAAGAAGAAAGCUGUUCAACUCCUAUGAAUUAAUAGAUUUACUUCUUAAUAUAGCAUAACUAAUUAAAUAAUAAUUAAGCAAAUAUUGAUGUUCAACUUCUGCCUUAAUUAGUUGUUAAUCGCUGUAGAGAAAAAGUUUUCUACUCUACUUAUUGUUAACGAAAAAAAAUCUUUAUCUUGUUGUUUGUAUGUUGAUUAUUUAUUGAUGCUGUUUUUAUCUUUUAAUUAUUUAUUUAUAAAAUCUCUUGGAUGUGUGUUUCUGUGUAUUAAAAAAACUUUGUGUAAAUAAGGCUCAAAACACCAAAUUCAUAUUCAAUUUUUAUGUAAAUGUUCUUUUUUAUUGUAUAUCUACUAUUUAAGUACAAAUUGAAUGUAGAUAAAGAAAUUAAAAGCAGUUAAAAAAA